GCGGGGAGAGCGGCGACGGCGAGCGCGCGCGGAGCGGAGCCCGGGCGGAAAAGUGACUGUCCGAUGCGCGGCGCCUGCGGCCGGAGCGCCCGGUCCGGCCGCGAGAGUCAUGGCGACCGCCGCGUCUAACCACUACAGCCUGCUGCCCGCCGGCGCCCCGCUCGUGCACGCCGAGCCGCCGGGCGGCAUGCAGCCGGGCGCGGGCGGCUACCGCGACGCGCAGAGCCUGGUGCCCGGCGACUACGGCGCGCUGCCGAGCAAUGGGCACCUCGGCCACGCGCACCAGUGGAUCUCCGCGCUGGCCCACGGCGGCGGCGGCGGCGGCGGAGGGGGCGGGGGCGGCGGAGGCGGCGGCGACGGCCCCGCGUGGCCCGCCAGCCCGCUGGGCCAGCCGGACAUCAAGCCCGCCGUGGGGGUGCCGCCGGCCGGCCGCGGCGACGAGCUGCACGCGCCGGGCGCCCUGCAGCCGCAGCACCAGCACCCGCCGCAGCAGCAGCACCAGCACCCGCCGCAGCAGCAGCACCAGCACCCGCCGCCGCCGCAGCAGCACCAGCAGCCGCCGCCGCGGCCGCCGCACCUGGUGCACCACGCGGCCAGCCAGCACCCGGCGCCUGGCUGGCGGGGCGCGGCGGCAGCGGCGCACCUCGGGCCCUCCAUGGGGGCGGCCAACGGCGGCCUGCUCUACUCGCAGCCUGGCUUCACGGUGAACGGCAUGCUGGGCGCCGCGCAGCCGGCCGGGCUGCACCACCACGGCCUGCGGGACGCGCACGACGAGCCGCGCCGCGCCGAGCCGCACGCGCUGCCGCCGCCCGGCCACCCCGCACCGCACGACGCGCACUCGGACGAGGACACGCCGACGUCUGACGACCUGGAGCAGUUCGCCAAGCAGUUCAAGCAGCGGCGCAUCAAGCUGGGCUUCACGCAGGCGGACGUGGGGCUGGCGCUCGGCACGCUGUACGGGAACGUGUUCUCACAGACCACCAUCUGCCGCUUCGAGGCCCUGCAGCUGAGCUUCAAGAACAUGUGCAAGCUCAAGCCGCUGCUGAACAAGUGGCUGGAGGAGGCGGACUCGUCCUCUGGCAGCCCCACCAGCAUAGACAAGAUCGCGGCGCAGGGCCGCAAGCGGAAAAAGCGGACCUCCAUCGAGGUGAGCGUCAAGGGCGCCCUGGAGAGCCACUUCCUCAAGUGCCCCAAGCCCUCGGCCCAGGAGAUCACCUCCCUGGCGGACAGCCUGCAGCUGGAGAAGGAGGUGGUGCGGGUGUGGUUUUGUAACCGGAGACAGAAGGAGAAAAGGAUGACCCCGCCCGGAGGGGCCCUGCCGGGCGCCGAGGACGUGUUCGGGGGCAGCAGGGACACGCCGCCGCACCACGCGGUGCCCACGCCGGUGCCGUGAGCCUGCGGCCCGCCCCGCGCCCCGCCCGCCGUCCUUCCGUUCUUGGCCACCAUUCCCGUCCCUUCGGAGGAGAAGGGACGCUAAGGAGAGCGACCGCGGCACUGGACUGUCCUUUGAACGGUAGCAGGUGUCAUGAUGUGUUUUGACCUUUUCGGCUGGUGCCCAGGCAAUGGGGUGGAGUGUCUUAGAGAGAGAGAGAGAGACAGAAUGAGUGUGUGUGUGUGUGUGUGUGUGUGUG